UCCUGGAAAAGACAAAAGACAUGUGUAGUGUGGCAUUUAGCAGAGCUCACAGACAGCAGGUUUCGGUACCGGCCGGCUCCUCCAAGCUCAUUUCAUAUGCCAUCAUCCCUCUUAAAACAGGAGAGCUUCCUCUACAGGUCACAGCCAUUGCGCGUUCUUUUAUUGAAGCGGAUACAGUGAGGAAGAAUCUACGUGUGGUAGUAGAAGGCAUCCAGAGAAUCAAGUCAAGGAGCUUUGUGUUGAACCCCUCUGAGAAAGGAGACAGUGGGAGACAGGUGAUAAAAGUGGAGAAAAUGGAGUUAAAAUCAGUGGUACCAAAUUCAAAGCCUAAGGCAUUCGUCAAUGUCAGAGGUGAUUUGCUGGCAGACAGCAUUGAUAACUCUAUUAAGGAGGACUCUCUGGCAGCGUUGAUCCGGAUGCCCGGCGGGUGUGUCGAGCAGAACCUGGCCAGAAUCACGCUGCCUCUCAUUGCCGCCCAUUACCUGGACCGCAGUGGAAACUGGAACGCUGUGGGAAUAGAUCGCAGACAAGAGGCCAUCAAAUACAUCCAGACAGGUUAUGAAAAUCAACUUAAUUAUCGAAAAAAGGAUGACUCAUACCCUCCCUAUGCCAAAGAAGGCACCAGCACAUGGAUCACUGCAUACGUGGUGAAGGUUUUCUCCAUGGUAAAAUCAUUUAUAAACAUCAAUGACAAGAAUCUGUGUGGCCCUCUGGUGUACCUGCUCAAGAAUAAACAGCAUCCUGAUGGAUCCUUUCAGGAGGACAAUCCUGUCUACGACACCAGUAUGAUGGGAGGCCUGCAAGGCUCUGAAUCCAGAGUGUCUCUGACCGCAUUCGUGCUCAUUGCUUUGGCAGAGGCACAAAAUGCUCUUACCUGCCAAGAGCCAGGCCUCAACAUACAGGGCAAUUCCAGUAAAGCAGUGGAGUAUCUAAGGCAGAAUUUCCCUCGACUGAAGAGGCCGUACACAGUGGCUAUAGCAUGCUACGCUUUAGCAGUAUCCAACCAUGGCUGCAUGAAGAGCAUGCUGUUAAAGUUUGCCUCAACGGAUCGUACCCACUGGACUGACUCUGAUAAUCGCUUUUUCACACUGGAAGCUACUGGCUAUGCAUUGUUAGCACUGAUCAAAGGUGGUCAUAUGAAGGAGGCAGUUGCCCCUUUUCAAUGGUUAAAUGAGCACCGUGACAUCGGAGGAGGGUAUGGCUCAACUCAGUCCACUAUGGUAGUACUACAAGCCCUCUCUGAGUACCUGGUAAAGAGGCCUCCUCCUUCUAAACGUACAUUAAGGGUGGAGCUCCAUGUGCCUGGUGACAGAAUUACUCUGUGGAACUUCCUUCCCAAAAUGGUCCAUGGUGUUGUGCACAUUUAUCCCUUCACUUCUGCUGCCCUCACCUCCAUUGAUGGCACUGAAGACAAGGGUUAUGGCAAGCUACCCCCUCAGGCGGUUGCUGUGCAUCUCUGCCCUCUAUCGGCCCUGGGAUUGAAGGCUCAUGCGGUGCAUCCAUCCAAGCCCUGCAGGACCACCUCCUCUCUAGAGGGCAGGGCUUAUUCGGCGGCUGGCCAGGCUGGCUCAGUGCUCCAUAUGAUCCCGGUGCUCCAAGUUUUUCAGGCCAUACUUUUCAGAACAAUGGACAACUCCGGCUCGAAUUCUGAUGCCUUUAAAGAGCAGGCAAUUGGCAAGGCCAUGGCCAGCCUGGUGAUGCUAUAA